AUGCCUCGCGAUGCAGUAGAAGAUGAUCAGGAGUUUGAGGAUCCUAUCCAAGCCGAGUAUGCUGAUACAGAUGAGACGCUUGCCCAGGACGAAGGGGAUGCAAUGAAUCAGUCCAACGUCAUAGGGGAUAGACUCCGUCAUGCACAACCUGUCGCUUCAACUAAGUACCACGAACUGGAUGAGGAUGACCUUCCAAAUGAGGCUCAGUGA